AUGGUGGAAGUGCUGGCGGUCAGGCUGCGGCCCAGGGCCGGCCCAGCAAAGAUUUGCCUGCGGUCCGGGGGCCAGGAAGGUGCCGAGGUCGCGGACCACGAAGCCGCACAGCUAAGUGCCCCCAUAGAAGCCUCUCCCGGCCUGCCCUUUCCCCCCCCCCUCGUGCUCCCGCAGGUGCUGCCCAGCGCUGAGGAGGCUGCAGCGCUGUACCGGGAGCUGAGCCAGAACCCUGGGAUCAGCACCGCCUGCCUGGGCCCCGACGUCACCACGCAGUACGGGGGCAAGUACUGCAGCCUGUACACCGAGUGGUCGCAGCGGGACCUGGUGCAGGCCAAGAGCAUCAAGUUCUGCCGGCAGUACCUGCUCUUCCACGACGGGGCCUCCAUCGUCUAUGCAGGGCCUGGCGGUGCCUGCUGUGAGAUCAGUAAUGAGCUGCUGAGCUGCGAGUCCCCCAGUGGAGCAUUGAAGGCUGUCCUGCUCAAGGUUGCCGGCAAGGAGAAGGAAAAGGAGAAAGAGAAGCAGUUCCUGGAGGUGUGGUAUCAGAACCUCAAGGUGAAAAGCAUCGACCUGACGGCGCUGGACAAGCAUGGCAGCGUCUAUGAUGACGACCAGUUUGGCUGCCUGGCCUGGUCGCACUCAGAGACCCACCUGCUGUAUGUGGCGGAGAAGAAGCGUCCCAAGGCUGAGUCCUUCUUCCAGACCAAAGCACCCGAGCUGGAUGGCUCUGCUGAUGAGGAGCUGGAGUGCCCCAAGAAGACAGAUGCACCCAUCAAGGGCGAGCAGUUCGUGUACUAUGAGGACUGGGGGGAGACACUGAGCACCCGCAGCGUCCCUGUGCUCUGCGUGCUGGACAUCGAGGGCAGCAGCAUCUCAGUGCUGGAGGGUGUCCCCAAACACGUGUCCCCUGGACAGGCCUUCUGGUCCCCAGAUGACACUGGUGUGGUGUUUGUGGGCUGGUGGCACGAGCCCUUCCGCUUGGGGCUGCGGCACUGCACCAACCGCCGCUCAGCGCUCUUCUACGUGGACCUGACCGGUGGGAAAUGCGAGCUGCUCUCUGAGGACACUGGGGCCUUGUGGUCCCCGCGACUCAGCCCUGACUGCUGCCACAUUGCCUACCUGGAAAACAGGGUGCUGGGCCCCCACCAGCAGUGCAGCCGCCUCCGCAUGUACAACUGGCGUACCAAGCAGACCUGCACUGUGCUGGAGGCUGUGCCACGGCAAGUAUGGGGUGCCUUCCCUGGGAUCUACUGCACCACUCUGCCAAGGCUGUGCUGGGCAGCCGACAGCCGUCGGCUCGUGCUGGACACAUCCCAGCGCAGCCAGCAGGAUGUGUUUGUGGUGGACACGCAGACAGGCAGCACAACCUCACUGACAGCUGAUGCACCCCAAGGGAGCUGGUCUGUCCUCACCAUUGACCGGGAUCUCUUGGUGGCCCAGUUCUCCACCCCAAGCUGCCCCGCAACAUUGCAAGUGGCUGUCCUGCCUGGUGUGGGCCAGGAGGCUCAGAUAAAGUGGAUAUGCCUGCAAAAUGCACCCCCAGUGCCUGGCAUCAAUUGGGGCAUCCGCACCCUGAAACCCCCCCCGGAUCAGGAAAACCCCCAGUAUGAGGGGCUGGACUUUGAUGCCAUCCUGCUGCGCCCAAGUGAGGGUCCCACUGUCCAGAAGCCCCCUCUGGUUGUGAUGCCCCACGGGGGACCCCACACUGUUUUCUCUGCUGGGUGGAUGCUGUACCCAGCCACGCUGUGCCGCCUGGGCUUUGCUGUGCUUCUGGUGAAUUAUCGUGGCUCGCUGGGCUUUGGCCAGGACAGCGUGAACUCCCUGCCAGGCAAUGUGGGCACGCAGGAUGUGCGGGAUGUGCAGCUCUGUGUGGAGCAAGUGCUGCAGGAGGAGCAGCUGGAUGCCAGCCGAGUGGCCCUGGUGGGUGGCUCACACGGGGGCUUCCUGGCAUGCCACCUCAUCGGGCAGUUCCCCGAUACCUACCGUGCCUGCGUGGUCCGCAACCCCGUGGUGAACAUUGCCUCCAUGCUCACCAUCACUGACAUUCCUGACUGGUGCCUGACGGAGAUGGGAGUACCCUACGUGCCCAAUAACCUCCCAGACCCGGCCCACUUGACAGUGAUGCUGCAGAAGUCACCCAUAUCCUACAUCAAUCAGGUCCGCACGCCCGUACUGCUGAUGCUGGGGGAGGACGACAAGCGCGUUCCCCCCGCGCAGGGGCUGGAGUAUUACCGCGCCCUGAAGGCCCGCGGCGUGCCCACACGGUUGCUCUGGUACCCCAAGAACAACCACGCGCUGGCCGGCGUCGAGGCCGAAGCCGACGGCUUCAUGAACAUUGUGCUGUGGCUGCUCCAGCACCUGCAGGGCUGAGAGCCUCCGGCACCACCA